GUCAUUAUUACUUCGGGCGCACAGCAGGCUUUGGAUUUGGCGGCGCGGAUAUUUUUAUCGGAAAAAGAUACCUUUUUGAUCGAAGACCCUUGUUAUGAGGAAGCGCGAAAUUCGUUUUUGGCAACGGGCGCAAAAGGCGUUCCCGUCGCGGUCGAUAAAGAAGGUUUUAAUCUCGCAAAUCUGAAGAAAACGGGCGAAAAAGCAAAACUCAUUUACGUUACACCGUCGCAUCAAUAUCCGCUUGGCGUAACGAUGACGCUGGCGCGGCGUUUGGAAUUGAUCGAAUGGGCGCGGAAGCAAAAUGCAUGGGUUAUCGAAGACGACUACAACAGCGAAUUUCGUUAUGCAGGUCGUCCGCUCGCAUCUUUGCAAGGCUUGGACAGUUCAGGGCGCGUCAUUUACGUCGGAACUUUCAGCAAGACGAUUUUUCCCGCUUUGCGGAUCGGUUGUUUGGUCGUUCCACCUGAAUUAGUCAAUGUUUUCGCGGUUGCGCGGGCAUUUAAUGACGCUCAUUCAUCGGUCAUAAAUCAAGCGAUUCUUGCCGAAUUUAUCUCGGAAGGACAUUUUGUGCGGCACGUUCGCCGGAUGCGUCGUCUUUAUGAAGAAAGGCAGGAAAUUUUGGUAAGGGAAGUGCAAAAUAAGCUGGGAGAUUUUAUCGAGAUCGAAAAAUCCGAAGCCGGAAUGCAUUUG